UUUCUCCUUCAAACCACCACCUGCUGAGUCGUGGACAUCCCUUCGGCACUCUCGUUUACGACGGUGUUCGUGAACGGUUUUUACGGAUCUUGAAACGACCCGGAGGCGCGGGCUGACGGAGACGGAACGAGUUUCGCGAAGUGGGUACUUUUGCACAGAAGGAAACUGGCAGAAUUGGAAUGGCGACCAUGCAGCCUCUCAGACGGGUCGUCGCAGCAUUCCUUGCGGCGGUCGGACGGUUAGACAAGUCACUCUCGCCCAGUGAUACCCUCAACCGUUUCCGACAACAUAAAUGGACUCCCGGCGACGCUAUCUAUAUAUUCCAUAUCACCCUCGCCACCUUCUGGCUCUUCGUCAUGGGGGCCCCCAUCCUCCUCAAGCUCGCGAUACCCAUACUCUACGUCACCGCGCUCCUUAUACCCUUCACGUCGCAGUUCUUCCUCCCCGCCGGACCCAUCUUCCUCUACCUGCUCAGCUUCUUCUCGUCAAAAUACAUCCCGAAGGAGUACCGCCCGACGCCGUCUGUGGUGCUACUGCCGACGCUCGAGUCCGUGUUGUAUGGCGCCAACGUCUCGGACAUCCUGACACGCUUUACGCAUCCAAUCCUGGACCUCCUCGCGUGGGUUCCAUAUGGCGUCGGGCACUACAUUAUCCCGUUUAUUGUCGCCGCCUUCAUCUGGCUCUUCCGUCCCAAGGAAGCGCUCCACUUCUGGGCUAGCGCGUUCGGCUACAUGAACCUGACGGGUGUGCUCAUCCAGCUCGUGUUUCCCUGCGCCGCGCCGUGGUACGAGCUCAUCUACGGCCUCACCCCCGCGGACUACACCAUUCGCGGCUCGCCCGGCGGCCUCGCGCGGAUCGACAGGCUCUUCCACUCGAACGGCUACACCGCGGCGUUCUCCAACUCACCCCUCGUUUUCGGCGCGUUCCCCUCGCUGCAUGCAGGCGCGGCCACGAUGGAAGCGCUCUUCAUCUCGCACUUCUUUCCGCAGACGACCAAAUAUGUGUUCAGCUAUGCGGCGGUGCUGUAUUGGGCGACGAUGUACCUGACGCAUCACUACCUCGUGGACGUCGUCGGUGGCUCCUGCCUCGCCGUGGCGUUCUUCUACCUCAUGCUUCCCGAGGAGCUGAAGGGCGCGAACGCAACGGCUCCACCGGGUGGUCUCAACACUGCGUCGUACCGGAGCAAGUACGAGGUGUACGACCUGGAGGAGCCACGCGGGCGAGGCCGGGGCUCGGCGCUCAUGCGGGACGCGGAGGCAUACGACCUCGAGGAGCUCUCGGACCGAGAGUCGGAUGAGGAGAUGGACAUCACGUUCCGGUCGCCCGUCGUGCCCGACCAGCCCGCGUCCGCGGUGCCGCUGAUCAAGUCUGCAAACGGGCGCGCGUCCCCCGUGAAGAAGAGCCACCGGCAUACGGCGAGCAUCGCGAGCCUGAUUCGCUCGGAGGAUCGCGGCGAGGAGGGGUGGAGCCCGAUCGGGGGCUCGUUCGCGUUCCCGCCGCCGACGCCGACAAGGGCACAGGCGGCGACGGAGGAGGGCAAGGGUGCGCGGGCCUCAUAGGACUAGGUGGGACAUGCGCUCUGUACAUUCCUUUGGUUAAUACACUUCUAGUCACUCUACCGGGCUUUCUUUCCUAAUGUAUCUAUCAUUUGGAGCAUAGAGCUAGGUGCUCGUGUCUUUCUCACCGAUUCUGACUCUGCAAUUGGUGCCCUGCCAUGGUAUGUCUGGUGGGUGUGCGCAGCGUGACACGCUCUCUUUCAGCUAGUUCAUGUCCUAUCUUUUCCCGUUGUCUCCCUUCUUCGUUCGCACUCAUACUAUGUGCUCAGACGGCCGAGGCUGCUGCACCCUCCCAACCCCCACUUUCCUACUCAUGUCUGCUGAUACCCCGCCUACUUUCCCGUAGACGCCUGCACCGU